AUGUGGCUGUCUUUGUCUCAAUCCCACUCCUGGGCCCUCCUGCUGCCGCUCAUAUCGAGCAUGCUUCUGUGGGAGAAUGCGGCGUGUGUGCCCAUCUGUGAAGCGGUAAAUGGGCGAUGCCAGUUGACGCUCGAGUACUUGUUUAAUCAAGCUCGUGGCCUAUCUAAGAGCACCAAGCGCCUCACUUCGAAAAUACUCAAUGAGUUCGACAAAGAGUAUGCUAAAGGUCCAGGCAUCAAGGACAAAAUUCCCCUGCUAUGCUACAACUAUUCCCUCCCUGUUCCAGAUAACAGCACAGAAGACCAAGAUAUUCAGCCUGAGGUCCUUCUGAAAGAGACCAUAGGUAUGUUGACUGUCUGGAACAACACCCUGAGGCAUGUAAUAACAGAUAUUGCUGAUCUGGAGUCAAUCCCCGGUGUUGGUGCUUUCAUUUCUAAAAUCAGAGAGACAGUUUCAAAAUUAACAAGACUCUCAGGACUACUAUGGGAAGUCAAGUCAUUACUCAACCUGAUUCGUCUUGAAUUUGAGGAAGAUGCAGACGAUCUUGCCACAGAUGGACUGCCAUCUUUACAUCUGUUAGGCAAUUCUUCUCCUCUGUUUUUCUACCAUGUCCUCCUUGGCUGCCUGAAUUAUAAUGCAGAAAGGAUCGCCAUUCAUGUCAAUAUCUUGAGAUGUCAAAUUGUCCCCAGAAAAUGCUAA